CGACCCGCUAGCUUUCUGUCAGCGCAGAGGCUAAGCUAAAGCUACCACCGCUAAUCAUGAAGGCUCUUCGGGGAAUGGUGAGCGGAGCCGUUAACGAAAUCACCUCGGCUGUCAGCGGACACAAACCCGCCGCUGUCCGGGAGCACGUCCUCGCAGUCAGCCGCGACUACAUCUCUCAACCGAGACUGACAUAUAAAACUGUAUCAGGUGUCAAUGGCCCUCUGGUGAUCUUGGACCAAGUGAAGUUUCCCAGGUAUGCCGAGAUCGUACACUUGACCCUCCCCGAUGGCACGAAGCGCAGCGGCCAGGUGCUGGAGGUCAACGGCUCCAAAGCCGUCGUCCAGGUGUUUGAAGGAACCUCAGGCAUUGAUGCCAAGAAGACAAGCUGCGAAUUUACAGGCGAUAUUUUACGCACGCCUGUGUCAGAGGACAUGCUAGGCCGUGUGUUUAACGGAUCAGGAAAGCCCAUCGACCGAGGUCCGGCUGUGUUGGCCGAGGAUUACUUGGACAUCAUGGGCCAGCCCAUCAACCCACAGUGCCGUAUCUACCCCGAGGAGAUGAUCCAGACCGGCAUCUCUGCCAUCGAUGGCAUGAACAGCAUUGCCAGGGGGCAGAAAAUCCCCAUUUUCUCUGCAGCAGGUCUCCCACAUAACGAGAUCGCAGCACAGAUCUGUCGGCAGGCCGGCCUGGUCAAGAAGUCCAAAGACGUGAUGGACUACAGCGAGGAGAAUUUUGCCAUUGUGUUUGCAGCCAUGGGGGUGAACAUGGAGACAGCUCGAUUCUUCAAAUCUGACUUCGAGGAGAACGGCUCCAUGGACAACGUGUGUCUCUUCCUGAAUCUGGCCAAUGAUCCUACGAUUGAACGCAUCAUCACUCCUCGCCUGGCGCUGACCUCCGCUGAGUUCCUGGCCUAUCAGUGUGAGAAACACGUCCUGGUCAUCCUGACUGACAUGAGCUCCUACGCUGAAGCCCUGAGGGAGGUGUCUGCAGCGAGAGAGGAAGUGCCUGGACGCCGUGGUUUCCCUGGUUACAUGUACACUGAUCUGGCGACAAUCUACGAGCGGGCGGGGCGAGUGGAGGGACGUAACGGCUCCAUCACUCAGAUCCCCAUCCUCACCAUGCCUAAUGACGACAUCACGCACCCCAUUCCUGAUCUGACCGGCUACAUCACGGAGGGUCAGAUCUACGUGGACCGACAGCUUCACAACAGACAGAUCUAUCCUCCCAUCAACGUCCUGCCGUCUCUGUCUCGACUCAUGAAGUCGGCUAUCGGAGAGGGAAUGACGCGCAAGGACCACUCGGACGUCUCCAACCAGCUGUACGCGUGUUACGCUAUCGGGAAAGACGUCCAGGCCAUGAAGGCUGUAGUGGGAGAAGAAGCUCUGACGGCUGAUGAUCUGCUCUACCUGGAGUUUCUGCAGAAGUUUGAGAAGAAUUUUAUCUCUCAAGGCGCUUAUGAAAACCGCACCGUGUAUGAAACCCUGGACAUCGGCUGGCAGCUGAUGCGAAUUUUCCCCAAGGAGAUGCUGAAGAGGAUCCCACAGAGCACACUGGCUGAGUUUUACCCCCGAGAGUCCAAACACUGAGCCUCGGAUCCGUUCUGCUAUCCUUCAGCGUAUCCAGCGUUUCCCUUCAUGGCGCUUUGCACACGAUCAGCAUUCCCUUAACCAGCUUCAUGAGGGAGUCACCUGGAAGGCUUUUCAAUUAACAGGUGCCUCGUCAAAAGGUAAUUAGUGGAUGAGUUUCUUGCUUUCUUAAUGCAUUUGAGAUCAAACAGUAAUAACACUGUAAUAAUACUUGAUAUACAGUAUUAUAUCAAGAACUGUUUAGCUACGUAAAGAGAAACCGCACUCAAUUAGAAGGCGUGUCCAAACCUUUGACUGGUACUGUAUGAACCGAUAUCUACUAUUCAUCCUGCGUGACUGACGAUGUUCUGUCCCACUGGGUCGGGAUGUUAUACAAGAAGCUGACAUCCAAGUUAACACUAACAUUGAGCAAUAUCUCAACGAUUAAACUAUUGGAAAAUAUUACACCUGAUUACAAAGACACGUCAGGUAGCUGCAUUCGUUAUUUCUUCAUCAGUAUUUUUUUUCCAAGUUUGUAAUGCUUGACUAAGUUCAUGCUGCGUUUCCUCUGAAGACUAAACAAAAAAGUUACACUAAAGUUACGUGACUUGUUUUUUUUUUGUCUUUUUUACAGGACAAAGUUUGUGCUUUUGAUUGGACAGUGAGUGUUCGGUCUGAUCUAGGGGAAGAAACUUUAAUCUCUGGUGCAAAGCUAAAGAAUGGAACGUAUUUCAGCUGAUCGAUUAUAUCUGGAAAAAAUAAAAAGAUUUUAAAGAUUUUUCUUUAAGACACGUAACAUAAAAUCGUAACAUUAGCUAAUAUCUGUCUGUUCCUUUCUACUAAUAAACUCUAUUCUGUAAAAGCCACAUGUGCAGUCGUAGUACAGAUGGUGAUCCUUUUUAUAUUCGCCAAGCAAUAUUAUUUACCACAUGUAAUUAAUUUCUUUUACUUUACUUUAGUCCAUUUACAAAGCUAAACGCCUGCCAAUCUCUGGUCUUUAAAAAGUAUUUAUUUUUCUGCCGUAUAUAUUUGAUGAGUUGGAUGUUGUUUGCUAUUUUUACUUUAUUUAUUAUGUUGUUUUUUACGAUCCUGAUUAUUUAUUGGUGCCGCUGUGGGUGUGUGUGGGUGUGGUGUGGUGUUCCUCGUACAAUCGAUGUGCCACAGUAAAGUAUCACCUCGUCACCUCAGGUGAGUUUCACACGGAAGGAUGUUUUGUCUGAGCGCAUGGAAACGAUGUGAUUGUGAAACGUAUGUGUAUCAUUCAGUCUGUGGAAUAAAAUCUGAUCACAUGC